CCCAGGGGAGGGUGGCAUGACCUUGGUUCAUCCCAAGCCGCGAAGACGCGGCGUGACCUUGGCCAAGUCCCCACUUCCUCAUCCGCUAACUGGCGAGGCUGCACCGGAGGGUCUCCGCCCCGGCCGCUAGGCGUCUUGCGCCGGUACCCCUAUCUUACUGGGCUUCCUCCGCGCGUCCCACCAGUUCUACGCCUACGCUGCCGGCGUAGUGGCCGCCUGGAGACUUGCGGCCCUCUCUUUUCAGACGCUGGUUUCCGCCGCGCAGACUGGGUGGGCGCGAUUCCCGAACGCGGCCUGCGCUGCGAGCGCGCGGCCGUCCCGCAGGCCGGUGCGGCCUUACGCCGCUGACGCAGCGCGCCCAACAUGGCGGCGCGGUCGUCGUCGGGGGUGGCGGCGGCAGAGGGGGCGGCGGCCUUGGCGGCAGCGGAGACUGCAACCGUGACGGUGGCAGCGGCGGCGCGGGAUCUGGGCCGGGGGGAAUGAGGCGGCCGCGGCGGGCCAGCGGCCGAGCCGUGUAGCGGAGAAGCUCCCCCUCCCUGCUUUCCUGGGUUGAGCCGGGGGCGCGCGCGUGCGCGGCCGUCCUGAGCGGGCUCCCCACCCCUCGGCUCCCGCGACCCGCACCGCACCCCCACCCGGGCCCGGAGGAUGAUGAAGCUCAAGUCGAACCAGACCCGCACCUACGACGGCGACGGCUACAAGAAGCGGGCCGCAUGCCUGUGUUUCCGCAGCGAGAGCGAGGAGGAGGUGCUACUCGUGAGCAGUAGUCGCCAUCCAGACAGAUGGAUUGUCCCUGGAGGAGGCAUGGAACCCGAGGAGGAGCCAAGUGUGGCAGCAGUUCGUGAAGUCUGUGAGGAGGCUGGAGUAAAAGGGACAUUGGGAAGAUUAGUUGGAAUUUUUGAGAACCAGGAGAGAAAGCACAGGACGUAUGUCUAUGUGCUCAUUGUCACUGAAGUGCUGGAAGACUGGGAAGAUUCAGUUAACAUUGGAAGGAACAGUUUGAGCUGUAAUGGAAAAUAAAGUCUGGUGAGAUCAAAUUA